AUGCUUGACCCGCAGAAGGGGAAGGAUAAGGUGGAUAAGGCCAAGACUGCGCUAAAUGACGUCAGGCGUAACGUGGAGGCAAUCAAGCAAGCAACGGUUAGCUUCAAGGCUGAGGCAGACAAGGCAGCAAAAGCAGCAACUGAUCUUAAUGGCAACGUGGGGGAAAAUACGGUUGCCCAGCAGGAGAAUGCUGCUAAGGUGACCAGCUUGGCGAAGGAGGUCUUGAGCGCGACUAAGACGUCUCACAAAUCCGUUACUUCACUCUGUGAGAAAGUUAUGCAAGCAGAGAAAGCAACGACUAAUGCAGAGAAGUUGUUGACGGAAGCAGAGGGGAUAGCUGGCAGCGCAGCGGAUAAUGUGGAAGAAGUUAUCACCAAAAAGGCGAAGCUAGCAAGGGAGGAAUUCGAAAAACUAUCAGCAGUUCUGAAGGAACUCUCAGGGGCCCAGAAAUGCUCUGAAGAAGCAAAAAAGACUUUGACGAAUGAGGUGAACGCUUUUUAUGCCAUGAAGAGCGCUGAGGAAGCGCUUGGUUUUUCCAAUGAGAUAACUGCUCAAACACUGUCAACUGGAAUCAAGGAUUUAAAGGCGGCCGCUAAAAAGGCUACGGACCUCGCAACGGCUGCAGUAAAUGGCGCGUCAGCGGCUUCAAAUGCCGCUGACAAGGCAACUGGAAACGCUGAUACAGCCGUCAAGAGCGCUGAGUUAUGGCUGGAGGAGAUCGAAGCCGCAUUAAAGGCUCUUCAAAACCCACAAAAGAAAUCUGAUGUUUCGCCUGAAGAUUCUCAGUCUUCGUCACAUCAACCUUCGGAACCGUCACAGGACGAGGCACACAGCCAGAGUCUCCCACCGGAUCCACCGAGCAGUACUUCCACUGACGAGAAGCCUUCUGGUCAACAGAAAGCUGGCACCACGAUGACCGAUACAGAGCAGUCAACCUCAGUACCAUCGGAAGAGAAGACAGUCGCAGAAUCCCUGGAGAACGCUGCUUCCCAAGCUGCGGAUGCGCCACCGACACCUUCCAAGAGCGAUGCACAAAACACCCUGAGUGAUGCCCCGAGUAGGGACAGCAGCGUCAGUCCUCCGUGGGUGCGUACACCGUUGCUGCUGGUUGUGGUUGGUGUGCUGGGCCUCCUGGCUGUGUGCUGA